UUUGGCUGGCAUUUGGCAUCUUUGACCAUAAAUGGCUGAUUGGACUAGUCAAACCGCCAAAAUAAUUGUUUGGGUAAUGGCAUUUGAAUUUAGCACUUGAAACCGAACUGCCAAAAAAUGAAAAGCCAACCAUAGGAGCGUUUCAUACAGCAGUUGGCAAACUUUUCCGCUUCUUACCCUUUUUGUUUUCUGUUCCGCUUCUUAACCCCUGCGAUUCUCUACGCUGCAAUUCUCUCUGCGUUUUUCCUCGCAGCACCAGAAGGAGACGAUUCCUUCACACUACUUGCUGCGAUUUCUCUCUUCGAUUUUCAUCAAGGCACCAGAUGUGUUUGAAGAUGUUGAAAACCAAGUUGCAAAUAAUGAGAUGGGGAUAAGAAGGCGCCAUGACAUGCCACCUUAGAGCACUGGUAAUACUCAUCACGCCCGCCGGAGAUAACAAAGGAUGCGAUGUGAGAUCGUAUCGAAGAGAAAUUCUUCACGGCGAUGAAGAAGGACGGCUCCUACCGAACCCGGGACCAACUCACUUCUAAAUGGAGCCACAUCAACAAAAAAGUCCGAAAGUUUAUCAGAGUUUACGAGGAAUGCUCCCGGUCCCGGAGGAGCGGCACGAACGACGCCGAUGUUCUCUGGCUUGCCACGACCCGGUAUCAAGACGACGGGCAACAAGGCAAGGUGCCCAUCGAUCUUUGGAGAAUUUUUAGUCGUUCCCCGAAGUGGCAACAACUCAACAAUCCCGACGGCGGAUCGUUCCGGAAAAGAUCCACCGUCGACGCCGAGGUUGAGGUCGACGAGACUAUCGGUUCUACCGAUCAAAUCCCUCCCUUCAACGUUGCGGAUUCCGAUGACGAGGACCCCAUUCCACGGCCGAUCGGAAGAAAGAAGGCAAAAUUCAUUGCCUCUGGUUCGAGAGGGUCCGCCUCUGUUUCCGCUUCUCCCCGCGACGAAAUCGGCCGGGCAAUGGUUGAACAACUUCGGUCGUUCAAUCUCCAGGAACAAGAGAGGUUGAAGCUAAAGGAGAAAGAGUUGAAGCUAAAGGAGCAGGAGGCCGAGAUGAAAGUCAUGCAAAAUGACCCCGGGACGUUGUCGGAGUUUGGACUAAUGAUCUACGAGCAAAGAAUAAGAGAGAUCAAUGAGAAAUACAAUUUACCUUAGCUUUUUUAUUAAUGUAUCUUUUUUAAAAAUAUUGUCGCUUUUUUUAUUUAAUUAAUGUAUUUUUUAUUA